ACUUUGCAAAAUUUGACUGUUGUAGAUGAGAUUCGGACCGGCCUGUAUCGGGGUAUGUUCAAUCCCGCCCGGCUAGUCACUGGCCUAGAGGAUAUGGCAAACAACUUUGGGCGGGGCUACUACGGUUGUCCGCAGAACUUGGUUGAUCAGGGCAUGAACGCUGUGCGCAAGGAGGCCGAACAGGCGGACAAAUUGCAGUCCUGCCUAGUGUUUCAUUCCUUUGGUGGCGGUACCGGAGCGGGCACAACGUGUCGAUUGGUUGAACUAAUGGAUGCCGAAUUCAUGAAAGUGCCCAAAAUCGAAAUGGCAAUCUAUCCGGAUUACCACAAGUCCUGCUCGAACGAUGCGCUCUGCAGGAUUUGCAAUGAAUCUCUACGCAUGGAACGGCCAUCGUACCCCAAUCUAAAUCGAGUGCUAGCCCAUGCAUGCAGUGGGAUUCUGGCGCCUUUGUGUUUCGAUGGUCCUUUGACGGCCUCGCUGCCGCAACUGCAAACCAACCUCGUCCCCUAUCCACGACUUCACUUCCUACAGGCUUCUCUGAAUCCGAUGUUUACUCAUGACCAAACUAUUCACGAAGCUAUAACAAUCCAAGAACUAACAAACGGUGCGUUCAACACAAUAAACCAGAUGAUGGUCGGAGAUCCCAAAGAGACUGUGAUGAUGGCGACGGCACUUUUAUACCGUGGCCAGAUUCCCAUCCAAGAAAUAAAUUCAAGCAUUGAUGCCAUCAAGAAGCGGGGAUUAAUCGGACUGGUUGACUGGUGUCCAACCGGCUUCAAGAUAGGUGUCGUGCCGACCCUUCCUGCCGUCAUCCAAGCUAGUGGAAUCGGCAAAACAAACAGACAGCUAACCGCGCUCUACAAUUCAACCCUCAUUGUCAGCCCACUGAAGGCAAAUUUGCACAAGUUUAAGGUCCUUCUUUCUAAAAAGGCCUUCAUACACUGGUACCUCCAAGAAGGUAUGGAACAGGGAGAAUUUCAGGAAUGCAUGGAGGACGUAUUGAAUAUUCUGCAGGAUUAUCUUUUUGUUGAA